UGUCGUGCAACGAGCCCGUGCUGCUGGUGGGCGAAACAGGCACGGGCAAGACGACCAUGUUGUCUCGCAUGGCUGGCCUUGUGGGCGCGAACCUGGUGUCGUUCAACCUGAGCCAGCAGACCGACAGUUCGGACCUGCUGGGCGGCUUCAAGCCGGUGGAGCCGCGGGACGCGCUGGCGCCGCUGCUGCCCACCUUCACCUCGCUCAUCCGGCGGACUUGGACCCGCGGCAACAACGAUGAGUACCUGUCUCGGGUGGCGAAGCUGGCGGAGCGGCGUAAGUGGUCGCAGCUGCUGGCCGCCUUCCGCGGGGCGCUGUCAAAGCUACAUGACGCAGGGCUGGUGACCACCACCACCAGCGGUACCGCGACUUCGGGCGCCGCCACACCAGCUGGCGCCGGUGACGCCGCCGCGGCGGAGGCGGCGGAGGCUGCCGCUGAGAAGGGCGGCAAGCCGGCGAAGAAGCGGCGCGUGGCCGGAUCACAGCAGCAGCCGCUUAGCGAGUCGCUGCGGCAUGAGUGGCGGGUGUUCUCAGCGGACCUGGCCGCUGCGGAGCGGGCUGCCGCAGUGGCGGAGGGCGGCUUCGCCUUCGCCUUCGUGGAGGGCGUGCUGGUGCAGGCGCUGCGUAACGGCUGGUGGCUGCUGCUCGACGAGAUCAACCUGGCGCCCGCAGAGGUGCUGGAGCGGCUGGCGGGGCUUCUGGAAACCGCAGGCGGGGACUCCGCCGCCGCCACCGGCGGCAGCGUCACGCUGCUUGAGCGCGGCGACACGGUCGCUGUCCCGCGCCACCCCAACUUCCGGUUGGUGGCCGCGAUGAACCCCGCCACGGAUGCAGGCAAGCAUGAGCUGCCGGCGGCGCUUCGGAACCGCUUCACAGAGAUGUGGGUUCCGGAGCCGGCGGCGCGGGAGGACUUGGCGGCGCUGGUGGCGGCGUACCUGGCGGGAGUGGGGCCGGCGCCGCCGGUGGAUGCUGCGGUGGAGUUUUACCUGGCGGCAAAGGCGGAGGCGGACGCCCGGCUGGUCGACGGUGCCGGCCAGAAGCCCGCUUACAAC